GGUUGCAGAUGUGGUUACUGGUUUUGGGGAUAACCUCGUUAGUAUCGAGAUCCGUAUUUGCCAUACAGCCAGCAACAGUAGAACUGUACAAUGGCCACGGAAUCAAAUUCUCAAUUCCAGAUGAUGGUAACUACGACUUUGUCGCAGUUCACUAUUCCAUCAAUCAACCCAUCGCCGGCGUAGGAGCUGGCCAGUGGGGCUAUGACGUUCACAACAAAGAAGGAUCUUCGUUCGUCCACACCAAUGAUCUGCCUGGUAUCCAAGUUCAUAAAGGAGACACGGUUUACUAUUGGUUACAUGCUCAAAAGGGUGGGGCACCGAGUGAGUUACUGGGACAGUCUGCUGUAAUUGGAGAUAUGACAACGACCACUACAUCAACUACAACCACCACAAAGGUCAGACCAGUGGUGACCUCUACCACCACUGCUGCUCCCUCUGGCGGAGGUCAUGGCCACAAUUCUGGUCAUUCAGCAAUGGGAGGGAUUUUAACACAGACCAUGAUUGACACCCAGGGAGGAACAUCAGGGGGACAGUCUCAUAGUGGUAGCUCUGGAGGUUCAUCUGCAGGAUCUCAGCAAGUCUACUCCGGUACGGGAUACACACAACACGGGCCGUCCCAGCAGACGUGCGCGUCGUAUCCCUGUCUUAUAUUUGAGGACAACUUUGACUUCUUGAACUUUGAAACCUGGACACAUGAAAUUACAGCCAGUGGAGGCGGGAACUGGGAGUUCGAGUACUAUACAAAUAACCGAACAAACAGCUAUACAAAAGACGGGAAACUAUUUAUCAAACCUACCCUAACAGCAGAUAAUUAUGGAGAGAGAUUCCUGUCAUCGGGCACCCUCGAUCUAUGGGGAGCGGAACCUAAUUCCAUGUGCACUAGUAAUCAGUUUUAUGGAUGUAGUCGACAAGGAACUCCUGAACAUAUCAUUAAUCCCAUUCAGUCCGCUAGACUCCGAAGUGACAAAUCCUUUAACUUCAAGUACGGCAAAAUGGAAGUUAGGGCAAAAAUGCCAAAGGGAGACUGGAUUUGGCCUGCAAUCUGGCUGCUUCCACACAGAAAUGCCUACGGAGGAUGGCCAGCUUCCGGUGAAAUUGAUAUCGUAGAAUCUAGAGGCAACUUAAACUACCAUGACGAGAAAGGUGGCAGUCAGGGUGUGGAUAGCUUUGGGAGCACUCUUCAUUUUGGGCCGGUGUACGGAUAUGAUCCUUACGAAAAAGCUCACGCAGAAAAGACUCUUUCGAGUGGAACACUUAAUGACGAUUUCCAUAUAUGGACAUUAAUAUGGGACGAAGAUCACAUCCAGGUUUCAUUUGAUGGACAGCAGAUAUUGAAUGUAGUUCCACCCCCGGAAGGAUUCUGGAAACUUGGAGAGUUGGAGAAGACUCAUAUAAACAACCCCUAUAAAUACACUACUAACAAAAUGGCUCCGUUUGAUCAAGAGUUUUUCAUCAUAUUGAACGUUGCCGUUGGAGGUGUGGGAUUCUUUCCAGAUAAAUUCAGAAACGCCCCCUCUCCAAAACCGUGGACAGACAAGUCCGAAUUUACGGCGCGUGACUUCUGGAACCACAAAAAUGACUGGUACCCUACGUGGAAUCCUGAUCAAAAUGACGGCGAGCAGGCGGCCAUGCAGGUGGACUAUAUCAGAGUUUGGAAACUGAAACCGUAGAGACAGUUUACUAUAAUAAAAGG